CUAGAACAUUUUAAAGAAGUUGAAAUAGCAAAGAUUAAAAUGGAGGAGAAAGUGCAGACCCAGAAAGAAAUCUCUGAGCUACGUCAUGAGUUAGAGAGGACGCAUCAAGCAAAGUCUGAAGCCUUGAUUUCUCGUGAAAAGAAUGCUAUUGAGAGGCUUCAAAAACAACAAGAGAUAGAAGCAAAGGAAGUAUACGCUCAGAGACAAAGUCUACUGAAAGAUAUUGAAGUCAUAAGGACCAGAGAGGCGGAACUGAAGCAAAGAAUUGAGGCAUUUGAAGUCACUCGGAAACUUCAGGAAGAGAAAAAUAAAGCUAUUGAUGAUGCACUUCGGCGUCGGGAGGUUGCUGUGAAGAACAUAGAGGAGACAUAUGACCAAAAGCUUAAGACGGAACUCUUAAAAUAUCAGCUUGAAUUAAAAGAAGAAUACAUAGCCAGAACUAAUAAAGUUACUGAAGAUGAGAAAAAAAAUAAAGAGAAAGCUAUGCUUUUGCACGAAGAAGCCAUUGCUGUUAAUACAAAAAAGGAGGAACUCAAGCAAGCUAUAUCACGCACAAAAGAGCUUGAGCUGGAUUUGGAGUCAGUGAAGGCCCAGGUUCUGUUGGUAAAUAAACAGAAUCAGUUGUUGACAGAAAAAUUGAAAGAGGUAUCAGACUAUCCUUUGCUAAAGGAGGAGAAACUGGAGCUUCAAGUGCAGAAUAAACUACUUAGGCAACAGCUGGAUGAGACUCGCAGUGAGAACCAGCAUCUUCGAGACAAGCUGUCCCAGCCCUCGGCGGAGCAUCUGGCCUGCCAAGUGGAGCUGAGAAGAGUGGAACAUUCUAGGAAGCUGGCACUGGAUGAAUUUGAAAGUCAUAGGCAGAUUUUGGAAAAGCAGCUACAAAGUGAGGUUGAGCGUUGUGCUCAGUUAAAGACCCAACUGUUGGACUCUGAAGCUACUGUCAGGAAGUUAAAUGUGCAGGUUGAAGAACUGAAACUGCAAGUGAAACAAACACAGGCAGCUCUGGAAAAUGAGGUGUAUCGGAAUCCAAAGCCUUCACUUGUCGAUCGCUCUGUCCUUGACUUCACUGGUGACAGAAUUGUACCUCAUGAUAUUUAUGUGGAUAGCACAUUUCUGAAGCAUCAGAUUAUGACAGAUAUGAUGAAGGUAAACACUGUGCCUAGAGUUGGCUAUCGUCAGCAGUUACAGCCACGCAGUGCUUCUCCGGAUUCUGACCUGGAGUGUAUGGCGCAAACCUGGGCUAGAAUAAAAGAACUAGAAAAAGAAGCAGAGUAUUUGGAAGAGGCCUACAGGAACUAUCAACACAGAGUCAUGCAGGGUGCGGCUGGAAGCAGAACACCGAGAAAGAUGCAGUCCCCUUUACUUCUACAGUGUGCUAUUAGUAGACCCCCCUUGACUACCCAGCAUGAACUUUUAGAGGAUAAUCCCAGCUCCCAACAUUCCCCCCUGAGCAGUCCAGGAGGUGAAAAACAUAUCAAAAGAACUGGGCAGGUUGAUGUCUUCAAAAAUCCCUUAACACCACCACACAGAGGAGCAUCUUCUUCAAGACGCCUUUCUUCUACUCCCGUUUCCAAAUUGGAAAGAGAUCUCAGUAGCAAGAAAAAUUCAGAUGACGUCAGUGGCUUGUACCUUGCCUCUUCACAGCAAAGUGUUGACCAGGUGCUUUCUCCUAUUUCAAAGCCACAUCUACUUUCAUCUUCUGAGUCUGUUUCUUCCUCACCAUCCAGUCGUGGCCAGAAAAUCAGACUUCAUAAUCAACAAACAGAUAAACAAGAUUUCAGUGAUAUCCCCAAACCAGAGAAACUAAUGUAUGAGGACCUUGAAGAAUGCAUUUCUUCUCUUGAACAUCAGGGGGACAUUCCAGAGCAGUGUGAAAGUGAUGCCUUGCAUCCAUCUGGGGACAUCGUCAAUGGAAACCGUGUCACAACCACUGUGCCAGCGACAGCCGCUUCGCUGCAGGACUUAACAGUGCUGGAUCAAAGACAGAUUGAAGAACACAACAGAGAAGUUGAGAAAAACUUAGAAGAAGAAAGGCAAGCAAGAGAAGAAAGGAGAGAGAGAGAACAACAGGAAGCUUUGGAAAGUGAGCAAAAAGAAGUGGAAAAGCUUAACAAAGGGUGGAUCCAAGACUUGACGAUAAUAGAUGAAGACAAUAAGGAGGGAGGAAAAUUUGAAAACAGGAAUUCUGGUGCUGAAGGUGACUUUAAGGAUCCUACUCCAAAUCCAUUAGAAAAAUAUAUGAGAAUAAUUCAGCAGAGCAGAGAGCAGGAACUGGCAAUCAAGGAUUCAAAGAAAGAAGAAAUACAAGAAUUAUCACUUACAGAGGGACUUCUAUCUAGUGAAAAGGAUGACAGUGCUACAGGCAUUUCUCACGGAGACAUGGAUGAAAACUUCUGGUGA